UUGGUCUUCUUUCUGAAAAUGAUCUCGAAUUCUAUUGGAAUGUAAUCUUAGAAAAACCAUUUGAUUUUAUUGGUAUAAGACAUAUACAACUUAUUAUCUUAUGUCUUGAAGCAACAUCAAUUAAAUCAAAUCAAUUAUUACAAAUUGUUGCACAAUGCAUUCGAUUUAGUUUUAAGAUUAAUGAUCAAAUUUUUCGCAAACAUUUAUCGUAUUCAUUGCAAAAAGCACCAUCGUUGGUAUGUGAUCCCAAUAUUCUUAACGUGUUCAUCGAUUUACUUGAUCGUGGUGAUAUACAAACUAAAUCUGAUGUUCUUACAUUUAUUUCGGAAUUGAAAAUACGGAAUCCAUCUCAGAAACUGAUUCAAUCGAUUCGUAAGACAACAGUAGAUAAUGAAAGGAAAGAGAUAAGGAUCAAAAAAUGUCUUGCACUCGGAAGUAUUAGUGAAUAUAUAGCAAGAAAAUCAGUAAUUAAUUUAUUAAUAAAAGCUUUAAGAGAUGAGAAUAAUUAUGCUCGAGCAAAUGCGGCGUAUGCUCUGGGAAUGGUCAGUAAACAAAAACCAACAAAUGAAAUUAUCAAUUUAAUAAUCUACACAUUAAAAAAUACUAACGAGAAUGUUAGAGCAUGUGCUUUAUAUGUUCUGGGACAAAUGAGUGAACAAAUAGCGACAGAGAAAAUGAUUAGCAAAGUAAUAAAUGCAUUAGAAGAUGAAAGUAUUUAUGUUAGAAAUAGUGCUUAUUAUUUACUUGCAGAUUUAAAUAACAUUGUGAUAAAUAAUGAAUUUAUUAAUAAACUUAUAAGUGCAUUGAAGGAUAAAAAUGAAGAUAUCAGAGCGAGUGCUUGUAAAGCUCUUAGAAAAUUAAGUGAAUCUCAAGUAACCGAUGAAGUUAUGAGUAUGUUACUCAAAGCAUUGGAAGAUAAAAGUGGAUAUGUUCGAAAUAAUGCAUGUGAAACUUUAGGAAUUCUAGGUAGAAUACGAGCGACUAGCGAAAUAAUUAAAAAACUUAUUCGUUUAAGUAAUAAUGAUCAUUUUGUUGUUUCGAAUAGAGCAGCAGAAGCAGUAAGUCAUAUAGUCAUUCCAUCUUUUAUAUCGAACAAAUUAGAUUUUCGAUUAAUCAAAAAAGUUUUUUCAUCUAAAUAUGCCUCGAUUUGUUCAAGAAAUCUUUCAGUAGAUGAAAUUAUUCAUAUAUAUUUGACUACUAAGAAGUCACAAUAUCUAUAUGUUAUGUAUCGCUUAGCUCUUCUUCAAGGCAUCGCUAUUACAGUUAAUGAAAAUAAAUUAUUGAUUUAUGAUACAAAAGAACCGCAUGAAAUAAUUAUCGAAAGCUUAGAUCUUCGUCAGAAAUUAGUUCAAUAUUUUAUUAUCGAAGCAAAACGAUUACAGUUAGAUUUUAGAAAUUUAAAAUCAAUUUCUAUGUAA